CUUUGAAGUUCGAAAGCUGGACGCUAUUACUACUAUUAGUAUCAGGCGGUUCAGUCUUCAGGCGAUACAAUGCAGCUUGUAAGACAGAGUAGCGGUACCAGCAAACCUCGGGCAAAACUCGAAGCAAGAUGCUGGCAGCUUAUAUGGCCCUGAGGAGCUAAUCUAAGAUCUUAUAGGUACCGUAGGUAGGAAAGGGAGAAGGUCGGACAAGAUUUGAUUCCUUUCUCCAUGAUGGCAGGGAAAAGAUACCUCUCGAGAGUAGCAGAAAGGCCCAGAUUGCCUGGGCCACGAGUGCCCAGGCACGAGUUCAGUCUGGUUGUGAGUGAGAAUGACGCAGCUGGAACGCACCGCAUUGAAUGCUGGAGCUGAGAACGUCGCCCACGUCAGGUGGGCUGUUGCCAAAUCUAAGCCAGCUGAUCGCGCCAUGAGAGAACUGAGCUAUGGAGUGCAGAUGUGCUUCCUGCGAGAGGUGAUCACAUGUGGGCAGGAUUGGAACCCGGCGAAAAGCCUUACAGGAGCUGAUCAUAUCCUUUUGCCAGCAAACAAAUCAGGAAGAGAUAGACGCAAGAAAGGGCAGGUUUAGUCUGCAAGGAAAGGGAAGCUGUGGAUUCAUCAUAUAGGUUCAUUGGCGAAUCUGUUUGCAGGUGGUUGGAGGGUUUUCUGAGACUUUCCUUCAGAGUACUUGAUUGGUUUGAUUUUGAGAAUCUACAUGCCAGAAGCGGUGUUGUGUGGUGCAGAAACUGCACUAGACCCCGGCGUUGCCAGCAACUUUCCCUCCAUACUGCCUAGUAUCCAGCCCCGCAAGUCACAAGAAGGUCUUGUCAAAGUGUUCACUUUGCGGAUUGAGCUUAGGGUGUGGCAUUCUACAACCAUGAGGGACUUGUAAAGUUGAGCCGAACGGGGUCGGGGUUCCCCAUCAAAUGCGGGCGACACACUAGGCGGCGGUCUCUGCAGGGAUGCCCUCGCAGUCUCCGCAUACAUGGCCAUCGAAGUCAGCCAUUUGUCGCCCAGCCCCCUAGCCCCCAGCCCAAGCUGGGGCUUCCUUUCUCCUGCCUUUGGCCCCAGAAUGGACCUCAUUGGGCGCUCAAAAUCGCGAGGGGGCGGCGGCGGCGAGGAACCCGCCCAGGGUUUUGCUAACCUCCUCCACUUUGGCACUAACCCGGCAACGACAGGCGGGCAACUGCAGGUGGAGUUUCCGGGGCUAAGCGGGCCGCUGAGCAACCCAGUUCUGGCGCCUACGGCGCUCAUCGAGCAAGCAGAAGCGACAGACACGCAGGGGGGGCGCCUGGCAAAGGGUGGGAGUUCGGGGAGCGACGACGCAGCCAAUCAGAGGCUGCCACCUGGUGGUCGCAAGGCGCGCGUCGGGUUGCCACGUCAGCACGACAAAGCCGGGCCCGAACUGAGCCCUGACCUGCGUGGUUUGCAAAACCUGCCCGGCUUACAAAACCUGCCUGGAUUGGGCCCCCCUAACCAGUAUGGCGAUUUCAGCCUGGGCGGGAUGACAUCAGCGGUUGCGGCCCUUCUGAGGGGUUCGCCAGAUUUCAUGGUUGAGGGGGGGUUGGGGCAGGGGCUGGCUGGAGGGGGGACUGGCGGGACUGUAACACCGAACUGGCCAGUCUGGGGUGAGAAUCCAGAGGAGGACGGGAUUGGUCCCGUCUGGUCGGAGUUGCUCGUGCCACCACCCGCGGGAGAAGGAGAAAAUGCAGACGGGACGGGUGGAUCGCAUCAGAGACAAGGAGGCACUGUUGCUUCGUUGUUGGGGGGAGGACGAGAACUGAAUCUUGGCAGCCUCAGCAGGUUUCAGUUGGAAAACAAGCCCUCACAGUCAUCGGCCUCGCUCCCCGCCCACUUGCUCAUCCCUCAGCGACAGUUCAGGCAUGCCCCGGGCGCGCAUUUGGUCCAGUCCCUCCCCCCCACUUCCAGCCCUCUCAAGCCCCCUGGGAAGGAGGAAGACUCUUCAGGGGGGCACCAAAGUCAGGGAGUCCGACACUCCCAGCUCGCGCCUAUGCCAAAGCAACGGCUGAGAUGGACCCCCGAGCUGCACGAACGGUUCAUAAAGGCAGUGACGCAUCUUGGGGGAGGCGACCGGGCCACCCCUAAGGGCGUCCUCCGGAUGAUGGGUGUACAGGGCUUGACAAUCUACCAUAUCAAGAGCCAUCUCCAGAAGUAUCGCUUGAACAAGUACGACGGGCCCGAGAGCAGUCACUCGUCGCAGCCAGGACCUCAACACGAAGCAGGUACUCCGGACUCACACCCCCCCACAGCCGAAGAGUCCUUCAAAGGCCCCCCUAGCCAGGACAGCCCCCGCGUCAAACCCCCGUCAAAACUCGUCGACUCUGCUAGUACCGAGAACCCCCCUCCCGGAAAACGGCCGUCUAAGGGCAAGCGCAAGGUCAAAGAAGGGGGCGAGUUGCAGCGCCAGAACAGCGGGAAGAGCUCGGAGCUGAGGAGGCCCCUGCUGACGCGGAAAGGGUCGCUUGACCGGCCGCAGAAGAACAUGGACGUCAUGCAGACGUCAUCGCUGAACCUGGCGCACCAAGCGAGCGCGCUCAAGCAGGUCCAAGACGCGCAGAUGUCGGAUGCGCUGCAGAUGCAGAUGGAGGUCCAGAAGAAACUGCACGAGCAACUCGAGAUCCAACGUCAGCUCCAAUUGCGCAUCGAGGCCCAAAGCAAGUACCUCCAAUGCAUUCUGGAGGCGCAGCAGAAGGCGUCGCUCAUGCUCCAACAACAACAGGCCGCCGGGGGGGACUUUUCUGGGGCGCGAGAGGGGCAGCCCUUGCCCCCCAUUUCGGCGGCGGGCGCGUUCUCGCUAGCGCUGGAAGGCCGAGCCUCAGCAUCUCUCAAGCCCUUUUCGCUCCCCGACAUGGAUCUGCAAGCGCCCAUGCUGGGCGAGGGGGGUCAGGGUUUCGCUGACGUCAGCAGUUCGGAGCGGGGGUUCGUGCCGUACGAGGUGGGGGGGGCGGAGCUGCCGCCGAGGAAGCGGAGGAGCAAGGAACUAGAGGCGACGCACUUGCCCCUGGAAGAACCGUUGCCGCUGCAGCCGUUUAGCGAAGCUGUGGCGCGGAUAUUGGAGCACGGACCGCAGGGGGCCGAGCUACGGCAGUGGUCCGAGAGAGUUGCCGCGCAAUCGACGGGCACGACUUCCAGCCUUAGCAGGACUGGGCUCGAAACAGAGGGGCUAGCGAAUCUCGAACCGAUUGCGAACGCGUGGGAGGUGGGCGGUAACGGUCUCGGCGACAGCGGCGCGGCCGCGGCCCUCGAUCUAGCGGACGAGCACGCCAAGGAGUUUGGGAAGGUGGAAGGCGACCCGUGGCCUGCGCCGUUUGCGCAAAACGACGUGGACCCGGCUUCGCAACUGGAUCGUCAAAAUGCGAGGGGCUUUCAGACGGGGGGCCUCUCGGGGGGUGAAGCUGGCACGCGGGGCGGGGGGCGUGGCAAUCACGUGGCACCCAAUUCGUACAGUUCCAUGAUGCCCAGCGAGUUGAUCGAGUUGAAUGUGCCCCCGCAAGAGUCAGAAGUUGCUUGGACUCCAGAGAACAGCAUCAUAGAGGAUGGGCUGGGGGGCCUAGAGAGCGACCCGACCUUUGGACACAGGGAUAACGAGAAAGACGGGCCGGACGACGGGGGCGAUACGCAAAGGCCCACUACGUGAUCACCGUUCGUUCGGACAUACAGAUUGCGGGAGGUUCGGCGGAACCAACGCGCUUAGUGCACCUAUGGUCCUAAGAUCGAGCUUAGCAUAGGUUAUUUAUGAGCCUAGUUGCUCCGGCGCAAUGCACGCAUGUAAACUUUGUUGAGCUUAGGUGCUUGGUCAACUGCAUUUUUUGAGUUUCUUUGGUCCAGAUGGCUUUCUGUGGAAGUGCUCCAAAGUUUGGAAGUGGCCCAAGUUUGGCUGCUGAAGUUUCCCUACGUUAUAGACGGUUUGAUCUGGAUGCUUGAUAAAGCAACUUGUUCAGGCGAGAGAGUAGAUUGAAGUAGUACAUCAAUUGACAAUAGAUUCCGCUUUAAUUUGCCUAGUAGCACUUGCUCGUAGGCUACGAAAAGCUCUUAGUACCUGAAAGGCCUAUGAUAUAAAGAUUUACCACUGUCAGUUGUGGACUUAAGAAAAGGCUAUACGUAAUCCUUACUACAUAUUGGAAGCUAGAGGUGACUGUAAAGCUCGAUAAAUUUUGCGAGAGUUCAUGCAAAAGGUACUGGUCGCGUGUCCUGACUUUAGAUCCUGCAACAACUUGAGACCGACUAUCAAAGUGAGGUUCAACUGGAC